AUGAACAAGAUCAGCACUCCUUUUCUGAGACGCUUUGGGAAUAUGGACCCCAGUCAACGCUAUCAGGUACAAUAGGAGUGCCUCUAACACCGGACACUCACCUGAAACAAAUCCCAUCUAAAUGUACAUAUUAGGCUACUUUUGGGAUGAAUUCCCUGCUAUGCAAGCGAAUAUGGCACAAAUCGAGCGAUUCAGUCUACUCUCAUUUUUGUUGACCAUAAUUACAGAUGGAACACAUGCAAGUCAUUAAAAGCUUGCAUGAACUUCUGGGUGUCUAUUUUCGGGAGGCGUUUUUUUUCUAUUGUUUGUUGACAAUGAGAAAAGUACACUCAUCCUUGGCGGUUUGAAGAAUGACUCAUUGUCUCUCAUUUCCAGUCGAAGUUGCCUUUCGUUGUCAGUUAGAUGUUCAAUCAUCACUAUACUUCCUUAAUUACGGAGCCCUCAUCUACAUUGUUGUGGCUUUCACAACGUUUAACUUUAAAUGUUUUAGCGUAUUUAUUUUUCCUUUAUUACAACUGUGGCAUAGAAACAUGUAAACUUCAGUGGCGAUUUUAGCACGUAAAUCUUGGUUGGGCAAACUCCCCCCAAUUGUUUUUAUAUGCAUGCCAGCAAAGCCACUACACAACACAACACAACACUAAACAAUACAUUAAUUGGACUAUAAUGGUGACAAACAGUGCCCACAAACUGUUAGGGCCUACAUAAAGCUGUCCCAACAGCAGAGUCCCAACAGCAGUCCUAACAACUUAACGCUGUUACACCUGGCUGUCAGCAGAGCCUUGUCUUGCAGCGAAACAGUUCAUUCAGCCUAAUUUACUGCCUAAAAAAACAUAGCUGAUAUGGCUGACUUGCUUAAACAAAUGUGGUUUCUACUGACAAUUGAGAUGUACAAACUAUGGCAUAAGGGGACGAUGAGCGGAUAAGAGGCAAUCCGUAAUUUCGAUUAAGACAUUAAUGAGCGAGCUAUGACGGACGUAGUCAAUAUAACUAUUUGUUCAGCACUUUUGAAAUGUACAGCGACAGAAUUCAGAACAUGGGCCGUUCUUACAGUAUUCACCCUGUACACCAAGUCAGAACAGUAGGCGAAAUUAAAAGGGGAAAAGGGACCAAAUUAGGCACAUGGGCUACUAACAGCUUACUACACAACAUACACUUAGUAUUACUUUCUUGGCUACAAGUAUACAUAUCUCCCUGGCAUAUUACAUCAUUUAUGCAGCAGCAUACGAUACAUUUUUAGACUCACAUUGUUGUGCUGUGUUCACUUGAACAGGAAGUUGGCGUGGCAGAGCUAGUUUUAUCCGAGUUCCCAGUUGUCUUGAACUCACUGAAGUCUGAGAUUUCCCAGUUCCGAGUUUCCAGUUGUUUUGAACGCGGUAGAAGUCAUUCUGGAUUGACAGCAUGGCCAAUGUAUUCAAAUUUUUCUGGCCGAUAGCGUUACCCCCUUUUUUGUGAGAUCGAAUUGGUAGUUACAAUCUUGUCUCAUCGUUGCAACUCCCCUACGGACUCGGCGAAGCAAGCCGCACUUCUUCUUGACACACUGCUCGCUUAACCCGGAAGCCAGUCGCAGGAAACACUUUCGAACUGACGACCGAAGUCAGCUUGCAGGCGCCCGGCCCGCCACAAGGAGUCGCUAGAGCACGAUGAGACAAGGACAUCCCGGCUGGCCAAACCCUCCACUAACCCGGACGACGCUGGGCCAAUUGUGCACCGCCUCAUGGGUCUCCCGGUCACAGCCGGCUCUAACACAGCUUGGGAUCGAACCCGGGGCUGCAGUGACGCCUUAUCACUCAUUGUUGAAUUUGCGAUUUCCAACUUGUUGUGUAAUGUUUAUUACACAACACCGAUACGUUUUAUCUUUAUAAUUUAUUUUCAUAUGACAAGGAUUGAAAAGGAUUUGCCAGUAGAUUGCUGACUUUAUGCAUGAUGAUGACUGCUUUUCUAGCAUGCUAGCUAAGGUUUUGAAAGUAUGAUGUUAACAUGAUCAGUCCAAUCAAAGCUACGGUAGAUAUAACGUGAUUUGACGUCAUUUUAUCUGUGGCCAAUGAACUUGAGCCUUCUUGGAUGGGCACUUCUUAUGUAAGUCUAUGGCAGCACCCAAGGGGGUUGAAUUUUCGAGCUCUACCAGUAGAUUUUGCGGUGACGUAGUGUCCCCAUGAGUGACAGAACACUGAGCCAAUCAUGGCGCAACCAGAGAACAUUACCAACCCCUACGCUCCGUAUUUUCCUCUGGCUGCCCCACCACCACAGAAAGCACUGAGCUAGGCUGAAACACCUGCAUUUUGGAGCUGCCUUACUCAAGAAAGCAAAAAAGAGACCAUGUUUGUAUGCAGCUUUAUUAACUCAAUGUUGUUGUUUUUUUUACAUUGUUUGCAAACUCAUAUGUGACACGUAUUAAUGCCAAAAUAACAUGCAAAACAGGUGGGGCUCAAAAGAGGUGGGGCUCUGCCCUGAAUGACGUGUCGCCACUGGUAAGCUUCCUCAUCCCUCACUGUCUUUGACUGGCAUUCAGUAGAUGUAAAGUACACUGCAACUACACAUUACACAAUGAAAGCUACGGAGAUCAUAAGCACAUACAGCUUUCCCAGGGAAAUACACCCAGUCAUAACAGUGGGAUCUAUCCAUGUCCUCCCAUGCUCUCAGUCAGAGGGAGGGAAUGAGGUGCCGUUAGAUCUUCUCAUCCUGUGUCUUUAUGAUGAUUUGGCCCUAGAAUAAAAUAGAUGAUGAUACCCAUUAAAGGUUGAGCUUGGUGAGGUCUUUGAGCUUGAUGGGUUUGUUGGUCUUUACCUGUGGAGGAUGGAAAUAACAGAAAUAUCAUGGUGUGCAGUUUUCACCACUGGUUGGAACCGCUGUGGUCUCCAAUUAGAUGGUUAGAGAUGCCUCCAUAGCCUGUGGUGGUGGUGGUGGUGGGAUGAUUCCCAGACACAUUCCAGAGGAAAUGAAGGGUCCUGUCGCCUGUGGGGGCGUAAAGACCCUGCCUGACACAGCGUCUAUCUCCUUAGGGUACCCUUUGAACCCCCUGUUUACUGAGGACCCCCCCUUUGGUCGCUUCCUGUCCCCCAGGGUCCCCCUGUCUCUGUACCAUUCCUACUCCCUCUGACCACCCCACCCCCUCUGCACUCAUCUUCCAGUGUCUUCAGUGUCUCAUGCUCAGUCUUCAUGGACACACCCAGUCAUUGAGACAUUAUUGUGUAUUACAUUACCAUUUCCUAAUCUCAGAGCUUGUGAUUGCUGAGACGCCCAUUAUUACAUACACACCAGAUAUACUGUAUAUACAGUGAGGGAAAAAAGUAUUUGAUCCCCUGCUGAUUUUGUACGUUUGCCCACUGACAAAGAAAUUAUCAGUCUAUAAUUUUAAUGGUAGGUUUAUUUGAACAGUGAGAGACAGAAUAACAACAAAAACAUCCAGAAAAAUACAUGUCAAAAAUGUUAUAAAUUGAUUUGCAUUUUAAAGAGGGAAAUAGGUAUUUGACAGGGACAAGAUUGUAGACCUACACAAGGCUGGAAUGGGCUACAAGACCAUCGCCAAGCAGCUUGGUGAGAAGGUGACAACAGUUGGUGCGAUAAUUCGCAAAUGGAAGAAACACAAAAUAACUGUCUCCCUCGGCCUGGAGCUCCAUGCAACAUCUCACCUCGUGGAGUUGCAAUGAUCAUGAGAACGGUGAGGAAUCAGCCCAGAACUACACGGGAGGAUCUUGUCAAUGAUCUCAAGGCAGCUGAGACCAUAGUCACCAAGAAAACAAUUGGUAAUACACUACGCCGUGAAGGACUGAAAUCCUGCAGCGCACACAAGGUCCCGCUGCUCAAGAAAGCACACAUACAGGGACGUCUGAAGUUUGCCAAUGAACAUCUGAAUGAUUCAGAGGAGAACUGGGUGAAAGUGUUGUGGUCAGAUGAGACCAAAAUUGAGCUCUUUGACAUCAACUCAACUCGCCGUGUUUGGAGGAGGAGGAAUGCUGCCUAUGACCACAAGAACACCAUCCCCACCGUCAAACAUGGAGGUGGAAACAUUAUGCUUUGGGGGUGUUUUUCUGCUAAGGGGACAGGACAACUUCACCACAUCAAAGGGACGAUGGACGGGGCCAUGUACCGUCAAAUCUUGGGUGAGAACCUCCUUCCCUCAGCCAGGGCAUUGAAAAUGGGUAGUGGAUGGGUAUUCCAGCAUGACAAUGACCCAAAACACACGGCCAAGGCAACAAAGGAGUGGCUCAAGAAGAAGCACAUUAAGGUCCUGGAGUGGCCUAGCCAGUCUCCAGACCUUAAUCCCAUAGAAAAUCUGUGGAGGGAGCUGAAGGUUCGAGUUGCCAAAUGUCAGCCUCGAAACCUUAAUGACUUGGAGAAGAUCUGCAAAGAGUAGUGGGACAAUAUCCCUCCUGAGCAGAGCAUAUGAGCGGAGUGGAGCGGGAGCGAGCGUGGAGCGUGAGCGGACGGAUUUUGAACAGAGCGCAGAGCGGCAUUUUUAAAAGGACGGAGCGUCGCCCUAUGUCCCGCUCCAAUUUCGCUCGCUCACACCACGAGUCUAAAGCAUGCUCAAGCCUUACCCAGAAUCCAUCUGUUAAAUUUAAUUUGUGUCGUCCAUGAAUUUGUAUUUUAUAGAGCGAGAGGAGCAGCAGCAGCAACAAGAGAAAAGGGUUGAGGAAUUCAAAAGUUUAUUCACUGCACGCAAAGGCCCAACCAUAACAAGGGAGAGAAAAAGAGAGCUGGAUGUAGCAUUUUUUGAAAUGAUUUUCAUGGACUAUGAACCGCUGAGUAAAGGAGAACGCGAAGGGAUGCAACACUUUGCAAGCGCAGCUCAACCGGGCUACACCCCCCCCCCAAGAAACCAUGAUAAAUCAGUACUUUUACUUUGUCAAAUUUACAUCUGAGAUGCCCCAUUCACAUGCUUCAGCUGGCGAUCAAAAACGCUGUUAACGAGCACAACAACGUUAAUAGGCUGUUAGUGAAAGUCGGGCACCUGGUGAAAAGUGUACGCAAGAGCACAGAGGAAACCGACCAAUUAGGUGUCCGCCCCACAAAUGCCUGCGCCAUUCGAUGGAGCAGCCAGCUGCUGAUGAUUCAGUUGUUCAUCCGGUUGUUCCAAAAAGACCCGUUAUGGCAAAACAAACUCAAGUCUAAUGUUGCUAACAUCACCCUGAAUCAAGUACGGCAGCUGACGCACCUUGUCAGUGUGCUGACACCACUAGCAGACCUCACAGACAAAAUGCAGAAGGAGCUGGGGAACCUGGGGAUGAUCCUCCCUGCUGUCACAGAAAUCAAAUCCCUGCUCACCGAUUACACUCACUCUGCACUUCCAAUGGGCAUCGCUGCUUUUGCAGAAACAUUGGCAAACAACGUGUCAAUUCGCUAUGGAAUAUACUAUACUGAUUAACAUCUCAUUUUAGCGUCAGUGUCCCCGUUUCAAGACAGAAUGGAUAAUCCGAGAUGAGUCUGUAUGCAACAAAUUCGGGGAGAUAAAGUAAGGCUGUGGUUUAAGCUAAAAGUGAAAUACAUGCAGAUUUUGUUCCUUUUUUGGAGCGAGCGGGGGGCGAUUUGAGUGGAGCGCGAUGCAAACUGCGUUGAGCGCUGAGCGAUAAUGAGCGGACUGGCCUGAUGUGGCUUUGAGCGGGGGAGCGGAGGGGUGAACAGCUCCGUGAGCGAGGAGCUGAGAUUCUCACCGCUCCACUCCGCUCAUAUGCUCUGCUCCUGAGAUGUGUGCAAACCUGGUGGCCAACUACAAGAAACGUCUGACCUCUGUGAUUGCCAACAAGGGUUUUGCCACCAAGUACUAAGUCAUGUUUUGCAGAGGGGUCAAAUACUUAUUUCCCUCAUUAAAAUGCAAAUCAAUUUAUAACAUUUUUGACAUGCGUUUUUCUGGAUUUUUUUGUUGUUAUUCUGUCUCUCACUGUUCAAAUAAAUCUACCAUUAAAAUUAUAGACUGAUCAUUUCUUUGUCAGUGGGCAAACGUACAAAAUCAGCAGGGGAUCAAAUACUUUUUUCCCUCACUGUAUAUACAUCUUAUAUGACAUCUUAUAUAUUGUGUCUGAGUGAGGUUUCAUAAGUAUCCUUUCUGAUCCCAUUUGUAUGGUUGCAGGCUAUUCUGCCCAUCCUUCUCAGACUGUUAAUAUUGUAUGGAGCCAACCACUGUGCUGAAGACCUAACCCUGAUCGUGUCUGUGUUGUGUUGUUUUGUUUGUUUUGCAGUGGUGCAAAAGGUUGACAAUGUGUCCGAAGGUAUCGAGAGCUAUGGCGGGAAGAUCAUUGCUAUGGAAACAGAUUUGAAAAAGCUAGGUGAGUUUCACCCCUACCUACCACAUGGUCACAGCAAUAUACUCUACGUUAGCCAGUUGACCAUACAGUAUCCUUUGUAUUAUGGGUCUAAGCAUUAUUUUGAAUACAACAAAUAAAUCAGAAUAGCCGUUUUUAGAAACAUUAAUCAUUGAGAGAAGGGUAACUUCAUCCAACUCUCAGUUACCAAGUCCAAGUCAAUUUCAUCCCAUGUUCCCAGAUGACCAGACUGGCGAGAAGUCAGAGAACACCACCACAGAAAUCCAGGCCUUUAAGAACAUCAUCCGGGCUCUGCAGAGGCAGCUGUCCGAGGUGGCUGAAAGGAGCAGUAGUAACCGGGCAGCCCUGGGUCGCCUGCAGGAUGCUGGCCAGGACAUGCAAGGCAGCCAGGGCUCCAUCCAGGGUCUGCUGGAUGCCAACACAGCCACGCUGAGGUCCGUCAACGGUACCUUGCGGGCCUACGGCGGCACCAUGGAGGGUCUUCAGGAGGACACGGCUCGGCUGCAGACAGAGCUCCAGGAGCAGGUUCGGCAGCAGAGCCAGGCCCUGUUCAGCAUCAGGAAUCUCAACCUCACCCAGGCCCAACAGAGGGGCCUGAUCUUGGCUUUGCAAAGGUCUGUGGACGACACCAGCCAGGCCAUCCAGAAGAUCCGCAAUGACUUCCAGAGCCUAGAGCAGACGGCCAGGCAGACGAAGUCGGACGCUGAUUGGCUGCGGGAGAAGGUGCAGAACCUCCAGGCGCUGGCCUCCAACGCCUCUACCUUGGCCAAGGCCAACAACGACAGCCUGGAGGACGUGGGUUCUCAGCUCGCCUUGCUGUCCGGACAGCUCCAGAACACCUCCAGCCUGGCUGAGAACCAUGACCAGACCCUCAGGGAGAUCAUGGACCAGCAGAGGGACCAUGACAACCUCACCUCCUCCAAGUUCGACCAGCUGGAGAUACGCCUGGACGAGUCGGAGGGGAGCAUCGACCGUGUGACGGGCAACAUUAGCUUUACAACCCAACUCCUGGGCGCCAUCAACCUCAACCUCAACGAGCUGCGCACCUGCGCUGAAACGGUGGGACGCCACUCCGACUACCUGGCUGACCUGAACUCUACGGUUUCGGACGUGAGGUCGGAUGCCACCACACUAAGGUCGCAGCAGGACGACCUGGCGGCCCGCCUGGACAAGGAGUUCACCAGCCUCUCCAUCGUCAUGGAGGAGAUGAAACUGGUGGAUAGCAAGCACUCACAGCUAAUCACCAACUUCACCAUCCUACAGGGUGAGGGCACACACUAAAUAGUAGCUUUUUAUUUUGUUCACGUUGAAGUGUGUUGUAAACAGUAUACAGUUGAACAGACACAUUUUAAAAGAAAAUAUGUUGUUUCUUGUUUCAGGUCCACCUGGUCCCAGAGGCCCGCGGGGUGACAAAGGACCCCAGGGAGCGGCCGGUCAGGCUGGUCAGAAGGGGGAGAAAGGGGAUAAAGGUGGGCCUGGCGUGCAGGGGCUCCGUGGAGAGAAGGGAUCUCCAGGACCACCGGGACUACCAGGUUCCAAAGGUCAACCAGGCUCACGGGGCAACCCAGGUUCAAAGGGUUCCAGAGGGUCAGGGGGCAGGGCAGGACCUCCAGGGGCGAAGGGUGAGCCAGGCACGGCUGGGCUCCCUGGGAGAGACGGACAGCCCGGUCCUCAGGGGCCGCAGGGCCCGCCAGGAGACCGAGGACAGGUCGGGCCGGCUGGGACACAGGGACCCAGGGGAGCAGUGGGGCCUGUGGGGGCCCCAGGGCCACCUGGACUGCCAGGACUCCCUGCCCGACCUGCAGCAGCAGCAGCAGUGCCUUUGGUCCCUGUCUCUCUGAAGAGUGACCCCCCCGCACCUACGGUGUGGGCCCCAGGUAAGACUCACUCAUAAUACUCUUUAUACACCAUUAAUAUCUCUGUAUCACUCUGUCAACACCAUCUAUGAGUUGACAGGACAUGAGUUCAUUGUGAUAGUAUAACAAUAUAACCAUUCACUUCAGGUUGUCCUCAUGAGUGGGUUGGCUUCAGAGACAAAUGCUACCACUUCUCCAGGGAGCUGCACAACUUUGACGAUGCAAAGAAAAGCUGUGAUGCCCAGACUGCGUCAAUGGUGAUCAUUAACGAUAUAGAUGAACAGGUGAUAGUCCUUCUUAUAAGCCUUUUGUAAUGGAAAGCACAUCUGUUUGAACAGUCAUAAAAUGAGUGACAUUACUGACAUCAUGUUUUCUUGUUUUCCCUCAGAAAUGGCUGCAGAAGCAGACCUCUGGAAAGGGCUACUUCUGGAUGGGUCUGACAGACAGGGAGAAGGAGAAUGUUUGGCACUGGCUGGAUGGAACCGAACCUGCCUUCACGUGAGUAUAGUACCUCAGUGACAAGACUGAUCUAUGUGAGACCUUGCAUUGACAUCAAUGUGUGACUGAAGGGAAAGUCUCUCAAGUUAGGUUUCAGUUCUCACUGAAUGUGUGUCUAUGGUAGGUAGGAUUUCAGUGUGUGAGUGCCCUCUGCUGUGUGACUGUAGGAAGUGGAAGCCGGGCCAGCCAGACAACUGGAGCCACGGGCACGAGAGAGGAGAGGACUGCGCAGGCCUCAUCCACGGGGGACUGUGGAAUGAUUUCUUCUGUGAAGAUCUCAUCAGCUACAUCUGUGAGAAGGCCAUGGAGAGCUGUGAGUAUCCGUCUGUCUGUCUCGUUGUGUGUCUGUUUGUCUGUCUCUGAAGUUUUCUAUCCGCAUUGUUUUUUUCCUGUCUAAGUCAUAGUUAUAUUGUUUGCAUGAAAAAAUAUUUGUAUAAUCUAUAAGUAAUAUCAUUUUCUGCAGCAAAAACACCAGGAUUAUAGCACCCUCUGGGGGAGAAGAAAAAGAAGCACGGUUGAGUCAGAGGCGGUGUGGUGAGCAACAUUAUGUUCCAGCCACGAGUGUAACUAGCCAUCUGACACACUUUUGCAUGGAUAUGCUGUAUGGAGAGAGACGAGGGACAAACUGCACAUGCCUGAAUCGGGACUAAGGCUGCAUUCACUGAGCUUUCCCCCACUAGUGGCCAGACUCAGCUAUCCUCCAAAGUGAAUCCAGACCAUUACUUCCAGCAUUUGCAUUACAGCAACAUGACAAUCAAGAGUUGAGAGGAUCCAUUGUUUAAAAAAAUUAUGACCAACGUAAUUGACUCAUAUAAAUUGGUCUCAUUGUUUUUAAUGCUGUUUUUUGUACGACUUUAGUCCAUUUAUAUCUGAUUAUCUGAAUGUACUGUAUAUUUUCAUAUUACAGUUUUUUUCAACGUAGAUCAUUAUUUUAGCAGUGCCAAUGGGAAUCACCACAGUGCCCUUCACGGUUGAAAGUCUAGUUCCACAAUUAUGUAAGAUGCAAAAUGAUGCGCAAAAAAGCUAAGAAAUGUCGCUGAUAUGCUAUCCUUGAGGAACACCAGUCCUUUCUCAAACCUCAAGAACUGUCCAGCUAUAUAUAACUAUGUUAUUAUACCCAUGAUUUCGAAUAAAUGAUGUAUUUACACAUAACAGUCAGAAAGUCUGCUUGGUUAUAGUCAAGAUUGCACAAGUGUACAUGUUAGUAUUUCCUUACCGUACUGUAUGUUUGCUGAUGGUGCCUGUAUUGUUGUAUGAGUGUGUACUUUCCACAAAGUAGCAAGAGUCUGUGGUCACGUUCCAGGCUGACUACAUUGCAAACGUUGCAUUGCAUCAACCAAUGGUUGCGCGCAACGCCCCCCACAAUGCAGCAGCAGCACACAUAGAAAUAGAAUG